CUUCAACCCCCUCCGUCGAAGAUGCGACUUAGCUUUUCAAUAACUAUUUCUUUCCCUUACAAUGAGUGAACCCCACCAUCUUUCCCCUAUGUCGAGUGAACACAGAAAUCUCUCGUCACCGCCAAAUUCACCUACCUCGGAUGGCGAAUAUUCAGAAUAUUCCUCUACCUCGUCGUCGUUGCGAGGACCGCCGUAUACUCCCGAGGAACUUGGUGCCAUUUUCUUGGACUUUUACACAUUUCUUACCACCCUACACUAUGACCCGGCUGAGCUCAAAGUGCCCCCGCCUGGAGGAUGGCCAGGUAUGACGCCUGAGUUAUGUGCACACUUCAAGUCCAACUUUGCGAUUGAGGUACUGCGUCAUCUGCCAUACUUUGACUCUCGAUGCAGGGAGUUUGUACAUUACAAAUCGAAAUUGAUAGACUACACCUCCUUUACCCGCGAGAAUUUUGAGGAGGCGCGAGCGCGGGACGAAGACGAGGAAAUCACUGAUUACGACGGAAACCCAAUGGAUAUGGCUCAUGUUUUCCGUAUCGCCAAUGGCCGUGAGAGUGGCGGCCGAUUGCUAUUCCUAAAUGUACGCGAUGGCCUUCUCACCGAAGACUGGAUACGCUGCGAUGGACUUGGCCCAAUGGACGUUAAUGAAUACUUUGGCAGGUUGAAAGAAAGCUACCGGCGGCUCCAGGUGAUUCCUUGCCCAGGUAGGACCACCCUUGUUGAACCGAACGUGGACGACAGAGGGGACAAAAUUACCAAGGAACAGGUGUGUGCGCAAACGGAAAAAUGGUGCACGGAGUUAGAUGUCCAAUAUAUCAAGCAGAUUUACCGGCAUUAUGGGUGGCCCGAUGCGUUUCGCCGGGAUAAAUCGACGGCGGCCAUCGACGAGCUAAUGAGCUCUAUGGUUGAACAACGCGAGGCAUGGGAGAAACCUCUUCCUGAAUGGCUUUCUGAGCCUUGGAAUUACUAGAUAUAGGACGGGUACGAAAUCAUGUAAAAUUUCACUAUCCGCGUACCGUGCACCGAGAAAUAGAGUUGGGGUCAGAGAAGUUGUUUGCGGAGAUGAUUGCCUGGUUAGGGUUCUAGCUAUCUAGGUCUAGGCAACACUUUAAGGUUAUAAUUUUGUCUUUGCACGAAAAUCUAUCUUUCUAAUUAUACAAGCGCGAGAGCGCCGAAGGUCAUUUCCGUCAUUCUGGC